CAGAUAGCGUAUGCUUCAACUGAAGUGAUGGUACCAUCCAUAAGCUCUCCGUUGGACCCAUUGGAUGCGCGGUGUUCUGGAGUUCGAAUAUUGCCAAAUGCAGAGAUACAAUUGGUUGAUGAUGACGGAAAGUGUGUACCUGUUGGCAGUAAUGGCGAAAUUUGGUGCCGCUGCUCUGGUAACUUUCAGAGAUACAUGGAGAAUGACGAACAGACGAAAGCAGCUAAAUCGCCCCACGGGUGGUUUAAAACUGGUGACCUUGGUGUUUUUAACGCGUCUGGUGUCCUGUCAAUAGUCGGGAGAAAAAAGGAUAUGAUAUACAGGGGUGCUGUAAAGAUUUUUCCCGCCGGCAUCGAAAAUGUUCUCUCACGACAUCCAUCUAUUGAUCAGGUUCAGGUAAUUGGGGUACCGGAUGAGCGCCUAUCUGAAGAAAUUUGUAUUUGCUUAAGGACAAAGAAGAACGCCAUCAUUGGCAAAGACGAGAUUGUCUCUUACCUAACUGGAAAGGUGAGACUCGAAGAAAGUAUACCUGGCUAUGUGUUGAUUUUUGACAGUUUCCCGAAAUGGACUACUGGAAAGAUUGACCGUAUGAGUCUCACAAAACAGGCCAUAGACCGAAUUCAAAGUAAGGUACAAUUAACGGAGUAACAAUAUUGUCAACACCGACUCCGACAUUGAUGUCAACACAACGUUGAAAAAAACCCUUGCAACGUUAUUUCUAAGAUAUAAAAAUUAUAAAAUUACAUGUAUAAAGCUUAGAUAUUACAUUAUAAAUACUGUAACGAAAUUUGGGAUUUUCCCCGGGUCCACAAUAAUGGUACAUGAUUCCUGACGAUGACAUAAUUAAUGUCGAAAUUGAAUCCCGGCACGAUGGCGUAUAUUUAGAUAAUUGGAGUAUGUGUUAUACUGUACUCUCUUGUGCAUGAUAUAUAGAACUUCGAAUAGAUUUUUUUAAGUUAGAUUAUGAAGUGUUUUUCUAGCGUAAAUUUGUAUACAUUUUCAAUAAUUUUAAAUGAUUAUUUUCGUUAAUAAUAAAUAAUAUAGUUUUCCAAUUCUCGUCCCACUAAUUUAACAAGACCAAUUUGGUGUCCUGUGGGUUUAUAUGGUCACAUUUUAUGUAAUUUCCAUUUUUUGUAUAAAUGAACAAAAUUUGUAUUUUAUUUGCAUUAGAAUUAAGUUUUUUAAGUGUUUGACGAUUUUAAAUUAUAACAAUUAGUGUCAAUGGGAUUCCCCCUUUUUAUGAAUAUUUGAGAAAGUCUGUGGCUUUAAGGAACGCAUGGCUGACACAUAUUCGUUAGUUCAAAAUAAUCUGAGUUUUUGCUGUAUUUUGUGU